GUGAACCGGUGGUACACACGCAUCAUCAUUCUCAUUGGUCCGUCCUGGUUUCGACAAGAAUCGAGAAUGACAACUAACUUUCUUACUUUACUUGACCGACUAGCUAGGGCUCAGGAGAUAAGGCGUUGGCUACAUCCAGGCUGUCUCGAUGCAGCUGGCCGAGAAUGCAGUGCCAGCUGCAAAAUCCCUAGCUCCUGCUCUGCCCCAGGUGAGCUAGUGAGCAACCAAAGAAAUCAAGUUUCCAUUUUCACUCAUGGCCGCGUGAAAAAAGCAAAUAGCGUCUCCUUCUUUCGUUUUAGACACAUGUAGAGGUUGUUCAGCCAGGAAGAAGGUUAGCUCUUUCGAGUAGAAGUUCUGUGCAAGGAUUGCUGAAAACAUGGCGGAGAGACCACCAUCGCUAGCAGCGUGCUUUGGACUGGCCGCUCUUCUUGUACUGGCCACGAUAUCGACAGUGGAAACACAAGAAACUGCGGCCCCGGUCCCUACUCCUGACGCUGCCGUUGCUGGUGUUGUUGCUGCUGAAGCUGCUGCUGCUGCUGAAGUUGCUGCUGCUGAAGCUGCCGCUGCUGAAGUUGCCGCUGCUGAAGCUGCUGCUGCUGAAGCUGCUGGUGCCGCUGCUGCUGAUGCUGGUACCGCUGCUGAUACUGCUGCUGCUGGUGAUGGUGGUGGUGCUGCUGCUGGUGAUGGUGGUGGUGCUGCUGCUGAUGCUGUCACCGCUGCGGAUGUCUUACCCGACCUUCUCAUCUGGGACUGCUUCAAUGACUCUGGCGCCUACUCAAACCUGAUGCAGUUCGAGGACGUGCAGAUCUCGCAGCUGAUGGAGACGACCCUGAGCAAGCGAGAGCCCAGGACGUGCAUGGACGCAUGCGAGAUGAGGGGAUUUCCCUUCUCGGGCAUACGCAACAACAGCCAGUGCUGGUGCAGUCAGCAGUUGAACUAUCGCGACCUGGCCACCACACAGUGCAAGUUCUGCCGUGGAAACCAUCAGUAUCGGUGCGGCGGCGAAGGGCAGACUGCGGUCUACUUUAGGCCAGACCGCGUUCCCAAGAUGGAGUUUGUCAAGUGCAUCUCGUACAGCACGGAUGCCGAGCAGCAGAUCCUGAACGCCGCGCAGGGCGAGUUCUCCUACGUCAGCUACCGCAGCACCAAGUACCGCCAGGUGACCAGCUGUGCGCAGCUAUGCUCCAGGAAGGGGUUCCGCUACGCCGGCGUCACUCAUCAGUUCUGGUGUCGCUGCGGCAACGAGAUUGGCGACCAGCGUGCCACGUUCUGCGACCGGUGCCAGGGUGAUCGGUCUCAGCAGUGCGGCCAGAACACCGCACUGUCCAUAUAUGAAAUUGAAGAUGUCUACCCGAAUGCCACUGUAUGCGGUGGCACUCGACAGACCGUACGCUCUAAUAGCAACAUCGCCCUACAGUGCCGCUCCACAACUGGCACGGAAUAUCUCAAGUUCACCUGGGAGCGUAUUGAUCGCUUCGACAGAGUACUGAUUGAUUCACCAAAGAUGAGCGUGAGCAAGUCGGGCGACAUGUUACUGUUUCAGGAUAUUGGGAUCGAGGAGACUGGACGGUAUCGGUGUACGGUGGAGAACCUCCUCAUAGCUAACCGCACGUUUGGAGUCAGCAGCACAUCGGUCGACCUGAUUGUGGAGAAACCACCGAUUGUCACGCUGAAGCAGCCGGAGGCGGCCAUCAACGGUCAGCCGGUGACAUUCGAGUGCGACGUGCAGGCGUUCAACUCCAAGCAGCCGCUGUCGGUGCAGUGGUUCUACGGCGACGUGCCGCUAGCCCCGUUCUCCGCCACCCUGCUCAGCAUGCACACGAUGCCGGCGCAACCCGUCGAGGACGCAGGCAAGCCCGUCAACGUACCCGGCAACCCCGACGAGCCGGUCAGUGCUGCACCGCUGACUGGGCAGAGUGCUGGCACGCUGCUCACAGUGCAGGGCAAGAAGACGGCUGCUGCUGCCCAAAGGCCUCGCUUCACACUGCAGGAACUGGCCACUAACAUUCGGACAUCGGGAGCAGGUACGUCGUUCAAGCUGACAAUUAAUCGUGUGGAUCACCGCUACUGGGGAAACUACACGUGCCGUAUCUACAACCCGGAAGCUUCCACCCGGGAUGCACGAUUGGUGGAGGCUACAGAGAGGAUGUGGCUGAAUGGAGAAGCCCGCAAAGUGGAGCCAAGAAAGGCUACAGCAGACAAAACAGCCUCAGGUGAAGAGGAAGCUGAGAACACCGACCCAUGUGGCAUCCGGAAGGCCGUGAAGAACGGCAAUCAGAUGAUCGUCGCCGCCGUUGUCUUCCUGUUCAUGAUCACCGCACUUCUCCUGGCUGCCCUGUAUUUCCUAUAUCGCCAGUACUCCAAGAUCAGCACCUAUGAUGUACGUUCCAUGAUUCAUCGUAACAAUGCGUUUUCAGACGGUGACGUGUCCAGCAGCAGUACUAUGAGGUCAACACUACCUGCACCUGUACCACCGUCUCAACCCUGGUCCAUGCCGGAGAGUCCCGGUCAGAGGAAGUCCUAUCGUAUGAGCUACAACACCGCCGACUCCAUGCACUGCCACCCGAUACGCGAAGAGGUGAUCGACGUCGACGAUCAAGUCGACAUGACGUACACGUACCAAUGCUGAGCGGGACGGUGAUCAUUGACUCCAGUCGACUGGAGACGGUCUGUGUUCUUGUCAACGGCAGUACUGGUGGCAGGCGUAAGACCUAGCUAGGGCUAGCUGGGGUAAUGCUGGCCAAUCGGAACCGGUCCGGCUGGUCAGGUCAUCGCCGGAUCAACUUGUUGACCAUCAACACAUGUUUACCGCUGUGGAAAUUAUUGCGUGCACCCGCUAUAUUAACUAUUAUACACAGAGUACGAAAGACUAUGGCAUGACUGGACCGAUCUAGAACUUCAUCCGGCGGUCCAGUAAUGUGAGCUGUGCACUGCAGUAUGCGGUCACGGCCGAGAAGACUUGAGAGUGUGUGCAUGCACACAAUUAUUGUGCAUGCCAGAGAGAAACUGAGAUAUCAUACACGACUGCAUGUCUAAUUGUGCUUGUUUUUGUUUUGUUUAACCGUGAUAAGUCAAUCAUGCUUUUGCAGCUGUAUUGCCCAAAUUACGCUCACCAUUAUUUACUAGUGCAAGGUCAGAACUGUUCCACAAGGGGCAAGAUCUCAUAAUAAUUAUACUUAUCUUUAUACCAAUUACUCACCAUAGUCAAUUCCCUUUGAGGUAAUCCCGCUUUUCAUUUCCAUCUGCAAAUUUUCUCAUAUCAUCGCGGAAGUCGCUACCACAAAAGAACUGAGCUGUUAGGUGAUUAUAUUGCGGCUCUAGCCGGGCUCGAGUACCAUGCAGCUGAUAGUACUGACUACUGGUGCCGUGCCAACGCCUCCACUCAAAUGUAUGUGCAUGCCAAUACAGUGUUGUUAUGCGGGCAACGAUACUGUGGCUACUCUUUG